AUGUCCCCUUGCUGGUGCUUUGCAGCCCCCCCGAGGCUGAGCCUGGCCUGUGAUGAGCAGGGCAGCCCCGUGUGCGAGGCAGCGGCGGGGAAGCCGCCGGCCCAGCUCUCGUGGGUCCCAGAGGGCAGCUUCACCGCAGAGGAGAAGUGCCACGACAACGGGACAGUGACUGUUCUCAGCAAGUUCACAGCGUGUAGCACCAGUGUCACCAAUGUGACCACCUGCAUGGUGUCCCACCCAGCUGGGAACUGGAGCCAGACCAUAGCCUGCUGUCCCUCAGAGAAAACCAACACCAACGUUUUCCUGUAUGCCUGCAUCAUUACUUGUGUUCUGAUCAUUAUCACCUUGUUGGCUGUCAUUUACUAUUUCACUCUCCACAGUGAUAGACCAUGCCACAAAACCAAACCUCCUGAAAUUGCUCCUAUACAUUCCCAACAGGAUGACACAAUGGAAGUGGAACCUUAUACUACUUAUGUGCAGAAGGAAAAUGUAAUUUAUAACUCAGUGUCUGAUCUGACAGUGGGGCAGAAUCUUCCACAAGACCUGUGUCCAGGAACAUGAAUGAUUCAACAACACCAAAAAAGGAAAGAGAUUCUUUAUAGAAGACUGGUUAUAGAAAGAAACUUAAAGGAUUUAUUCGGACUUUGGGGCAGCAUAGAUCACUGGGUCUGCUCAAGCAUCUCUGCUUGCUGAUGAGUCCAUAGUUCUUUUUUUAUCCCUGUUUUGCUUUCUUCCUUCAGAACAUGUGUUAUUCCUUGGGAAGAUGUGACUGACCACACGCCAUAGGUUUUUCUGGAAAAGAAGUUGUGACAAGUCUUCCCUUUGCUGUUGUUGCCUUGGGAUCCUAGUUCUGUCAGUCACUUGUAGUUGUUACUUUGAUGCACUUGACACUAUGAUGUACACAUUUGGGAGACCAGAGGAACAUUCUGUCUGAACUGAAACAAUACACUCUUCCACCAAUAGCCACUUUUUUCUAACACAUAUGUUAGUAACACAUGACCUGAUGACCUACUGAAAAUCACUGAAUACUUCAAAAAGCAGAAAAUAAUGGUGGGGAACACUUAGUUCUGAAAAUGGAAAUAAGGGAUUCAUUUAGAAGGUCUUCCACUAAGAAGGAGACUGCACUAGCAUGACUAAUUCACUUGUUAGGUUCAUAUCCAGUAUUUCAAGAUGCCAUUAUGGGGUGUCAUCCAGAAGAAUCUGGACAAGGUUGAUAUGUGGGCUAAUGGGAAUCUCAUGAGAUUUAACAAGACAAAGUGCAAGGUGCUGCACCUGGGUUGGGACACCUCCUGCUAUCAAUGCUGACUGGGGCAUGAACAGAUUGAGAGCAGCCCUGCUGAGAAGGACUUGGGGUCAAUGAGAGGCUGGCCAUGACCCAGCAAAGUGCAUCCCAGAAAACCAAAUGUAUCCUGGGCUGCAACCAGAGCAGCAUGGCCAGCAGGGGAAGGAAGGGAUUCUGCUCCUCUACUCUGCUCUGGGGUCCCCUGCACAAGAAGGACAUGGACCUGCUGGACCAGAUACAAAGGAGGCCACCAAGAUGAUUUAGAGGGAUGGAACACCUCUCCUAUGAGGAGAGGCUGAGAGAGUUGGGAUUGUUCAGCCUGGAAAAGAGAAGGCUUUUGGGUACCAGUACCUGAAGAGAACCUGCAAGAAAGACAGAAAUGUACUUUUACAAGAGCAUGCAGAGACAGGGCAGUGGGGAAUAGAUUCACACUGAAAGAGAGGAGGUUUAGAUAAGAUAUUAGGAGGAAAUUCUUUUCUUUGAGGGUGGUGAGACACUGGAGUAGGUUGCCAGAGAACCUGUGGAUGCCCCACCCCUUAAGGUGUUCAAGAAUAGGUUGGAUGGAGCUCUGAGCAACCUAGUGUAACGAAAGAUGACCCUGCCAGUGCCAGGGGUGUGCACCCUGAUGAUCUUUAAGGUCCCUUCCAACCCAAAUCACUCUAUGAUUUUGUGAUUCCCACUAAAUAUGUUCAUUCUGUGCUUCAGAUCACUGGUAUGAUUAUUUUUCUACAAGAUUCCAUGAAGAUAUGGCAUUCCUCUCUUUCUUAAGAGUAUAAGCAUUAAGAUUAAUAAAUAAAAAAUACUUAUGUUACUCAAAACCCAUAGGCUACUUUAACCAAAAACAAACAUAAAAUAUUUCACAAAACAAAACAAGUACAAACAUAUCUUCUAUAAAUGUGCAAUAAUGAACAAAAAAGAUAAAAUGCUUGCUAAUUGUAGUAAUAUUUAUUUUUACUACCAAAACUGAAGUUUUGUUUCAUUUGCAUGUCUAGAUGUUUUACUGAUAUUCUUUUCAAUAUACUUGCAAGUUCACUUUUUUGUAUGCAAAUUAACUUAUGUAUCUUAUUGUGUCUCAUUUUGAGGUUGACUUAUUCUCACCUUCACAAAAUAUCCCUUGGAAAUAAGUAAAAUAAAUUGUCCUGUAUAUAGUAGCAAUUCUCAAUUUUUUUUGAUUGAUGCCUUUCCAGCAAAAGUAUGAACUGACUUUACAGUAAGAAUAAAGAAACAUUUACAAACCUC